AGGAAAACAUCAUGUCUCAAAUGCAUAAAAUAGCACAAAAUGUAUGCCGUUUCCUAUGGUGGAUCGAUUUGAUCCAUGAUCGACCUCUAGGGCUGCUUAAGAAAAGCGUGCACGCGACAUUAUCUUGACUAGGUGAACCUGGAUCGAAUUAGCGGGACUGCGUGAACUUCAAUUACCUUUUAUGAAACCGUUUUAGCCCAAACUCAUUUGUUAGGUUAAUUCAAGUCAGGUUUUGGAGUUUAAUCCUCGCUUUUCUUAGCAUCUUUUAUGAAACAGCCCUCAGGUCUUCACUGAGAGAUGUUUGUUUCUGUUUCGUUUUGAUUGGAGCUUGAAUUAGUGUCGGUGCUGAACGAACAUCAGUGAGUUUGACGUCAGUGAAGGAAGAUUGCAUCCGUUUUGCAUCUGUUUGUGCAUCAGCAUUGUGACACAAUAGAUGAGAUGGAAGAAGAUAAGCUGAAACACAAGGAAGUCCAGAUGAGCAGCAGCGCUCACACUGGAGUCAGUGUUGAUCUGAAUGCUCAGACGGGAGCAGCUGUAAAUGCUUCUGUACUCGCUGGAAACACCAUCACAGGACCAGUGAACAUCUACAACACUGCAGGACCACAGAAUAUCACAGAUAAACACACAGAAAAGCCAGUGGACUUGAUUAUAAAAAAAUUCUUGGGAACUCACAAAACAGACAUGAAGAAGAAAGCAGAGCGUAUUUUUGAAGGCAAGAAAGAAAAUGAAGCAGAUCUCAAGGCUGUUUACACAGAACUGUUCAUCACAGAGGGAGAUAUGAAAGAUGUCAAUCAGGAACAUGAGAUUCUGAAGAUUGAUGAUGCUUUCAAGAAAAAACCAACACAGGACAAACCAAUCAAAUGCAAUGAUAUAUUUACUGAACUGAGGAAAAACAAUGAGGAAAAGAUUGUGUUGACCAAAGGAGUCGCUGGCAUUGGAAAAACUGUCUCUGUGCACAAGUUCAUCCUGGACUGGGCAGAAGAAACAGCCAAUCAGGAUAUACACUGUGUGUUCCUGCUUCCAUUCCGAGAGAUUAACAGCAUUAAAGACAGAGAGUUCAAUCUCCAUGAGUUUCUGCUGAAAUUUUAUCCUCAAUUGAAGGACCUGGAAAAAUCAGAGUUAUAUAAGAAAUGCAAACUUGCUUUUAUAUUUGAUGGACUUGAUGAGAGUCGUCUGCCUUUGAAUUUUGAAAGCGUAAUAUUGAACAAUGUUGAGGAAAGAUCACCUGUAGAUGUGCUGUUCACAAGUCUGGUCAAAGGAAAGCUGCUUCCAUCAGCUCUCGUCUGGGUGACCUCACGACCAGCAGCAGCCAAUCAGAUCCCUCCUGAGUAUGUGGGUUUGUUCACUGAGGUGCAAGGAUUCACUGACCAACAGAAGGAGGAGUACUUCAGAAAGAGAAUCACGGAUGAGACUCAGGCCUCCAGAAUCAUCUCACACAUUAAGACGUCUCGUAGUCUCUACAUCAUGUGUCACAUUCCUGUGUUCUGCUGGAUCACGGCCACAGUACUUCAGAAUAUUCUCAUCAAGAACAACACUGAGAACAUCAGCACAACACUCACUGAAAUGUACAGUCACUUCCUACUGAUACAGAUGAACAUCAAGAGCCAGAAAUAUGACAGAAAAACAGAGAGACAACGUACAAAGCUCUUACAGUCAAAUAAAGAAAUGAUUUUGAAAUUAGCCAAGCUAGCGUUUGAACAGUUGAAGAAGGAAAACAUUGUGUUCUAUGAGGAAGAUCUGGAAGAAUGUGGUAUUGAUGUGAGUGAAGACACAGAGUUCACAGGAAUGAUCGCUGAGAUCUUCAAGAAGGAGGAUGGACUUCAUGAAGAAAAAAUCUUCUGCUUUGUGCAUCUGAGUGUUCAAGAGUUCCUCGCUGCAGUGCAUGUGUUCCUCUGCUACCUGAACAAGAACAUGCAGGAGCUUCAGUUUUUCUUUGAGAUGCCAAAAGAAAACAUCACCCUGCAGGAGCUUCUAGAGAAGGCUGUUGAUAAAGCCAUGAAGAGUGAGAGAGGACAUCUGGACCUGUUCCUGCGGUUUCUGAUGGGAAAUUCACUGGGAUCCAGUCAAACCCUGCUCAAAGGCCUGAUCCCACACACUGAAGACACCACAGAGAGCAUCACAAAAACAACUGAACACAUUAAACAAAAACUAUCCUGGUACAUCUCAGAUGAAGCUUCAGUCAACCUGUUUUACUGCUUACUUGAGCUCAAGGAUCAUUCAUUAUAUGAGGAAAUCCAGAGAUACAUCAGUUCAGAAGAACAUCCAGGAAGAGAACUCUCUUCUUCAAUGUGCACAGUGCUGACCUACAUACUGCUGAUGUCAGAGAAGGUGCUGGAUGAGUUCAACCCAAAGAGGUUCACGUCAUCACAGAUAGACUACAAGAAACUCGUUCCAGCUGUGAAAUGCUGCAGAAAAGUCUUAUUUGAUGGCUGUAGUCUUAAUGAAACAUGCUGUGAAACAGUAUCUUCAGUUCUACAAUCAUCAAACUCCUAUCUGAGAGAGUUGAACCUGAGCAGCAAUCACCUGAAGGAUUCAGGAGUGAAGCUGCUUUCUGAUGGACUGAAGAGUUCAGACUGUAAACUGAACAUUCUGAGGCUAUGUGGGUGCAAUCUGACUGGUCAGUCCUGUGAAAGUUUGUCUUCAGCUCUACAGUCAUCAAAGUCUGUCCUGAAAGAGCUGGACCUGAGUAACAAUGACCUGCAGGAUUCUGGAGUGAAUCUUCUUUCUGAUGGACUGAAGAGUUCAAACUGUCAGCUGCAGAUACUGAGCCUUACUCACUGUAGACUCACUGUUCAGUCUUGUGAGAGUUUUUCAUCAGUUCUACAAUCCUCAAACUGUGUCCUGAGAGAACUGGACCUGAGUAACAAUGACCUGCAGGAUUCUGGAGUGAAGCUUCUUUCUGAUGGACUGAAGAGAAACUGUAAGCUGGAGAUUUUGAGGUUGUCUGGCUGUAUGGUGACAGAGGAAGGCUGUGGUUAUGUGUCUUCAGCUCUGAAUUCAAACCCCUCACACCUGAGAGAGCUGGAUCUGAGCUACAAUCACCCAGGAGACUCAGGAGUGAAGCUGCUCACUGAUACACUCAACCAUCCAAACUACAGACUGGACAAACUCAAUGUGGAUCAUGGAGGAGAGUUCAGGAUUACAGCAGGACUGCACAAAUAUUCCCAUCGGAUCACUCUGGAUCUGAACACAGUGAAUAAACUCCUCCGUCUGUCUGAGAGGAACACAGUGAUUACUGUCACUCACACACCACAGUCGUAUCCUGAUCAUCCAGACAGAUUUGAUGGUGUGUAUAAUCAUCAGGUGUUGUGUAGAGAGAGUGUGUGUGAUCGACGCUGUUACUGGGAGAUUGAGUGGAGAGGACGUGGUGUGUUUAUAUCAGUGUCAUAUAAGAGCAUCAGCAGGAAGGGAACAGGUAAAGAGUGUGUGUUUGGAUAUAAUGAUCAGUCCUGGAGUUUGUUCUGCUUUCCCUCCAGAUACUCAUUCAGACACAAUAACAUACAGACUGAUCUCACUGUAAAGUCCAUCAUCAGCAGAACAGUGAAUGAGGAGAAUCACUAUAGAGUAGGAGUGUAUGUGGAUCACAGUGCAGGAACUCUGUCCUUCUACAGCGUCUCUGGAGACACAAUGAUCCUCAUCCACACAGUCCAGACCACAUUCACUCAACCGCUCUAUCCUGGGAUUGGCUUUCGUUUUUAUUAUCCUGGAUCAUCAGUGAAACUGUUGUAGAGUCUCUUCAUGACAUUAACACUGAAAUAUCAGGACACAAUAAAUGUGUGUUAAUGACUCAAAGUCACAUGAUGAAGUAAAUGUUGAAAUAUUGUAAUAAAUGUUGAACUCAGUGUUCAUGUAUAUUGUGUCAUGUGGUGUCGUUAUGAGGAGCAGGAGUGACACUUACAGAUUUAGAUCCACUAACCCACUGAAAAAUAACAUCAACAAUCAAUUCAUCAAUUUAAUCAUUCACACACAAAUGGACAUUUUUACACGCAUCAAUAAAUAUACACAUUUAAAACUGUUUAUUUGAUUCAUGUUUUAAACGUAUAUUAAUAAAUCAUUUUAAAUCUCUUUUUAAAAAGCAUUGGCUUUCACCUCAAUCAGCUUUCACCUCAGUGUGAAGAGCCAAUCCUCUGUCACUGUGAAUGUAACACGCGCUGUCAUUGGACAGUGAGAACAACUAUUCAUUCAUUAAAUAUGAGAGUUGAGACACUCUGACUGAAAGAGUCUCAAACCGUCUACUUCUCUACUAUACAGCAGGCGAGAGAAUAAGUGUGUCAGAAACCUCAGUGAUCAUAAAAGAGUAGCGAGAAUUACCCGAGUGACGUACUGAUUCUCGCCAGAUUGUGACGUGUUGAGAUGCAGCAGGACUGUGAACACGUGAUUGUUGAUCAAUAAGUUUGAAUAAAGCGUUGUUUCAUGUGUU